CCCUGUGCCCAAAUAUUUUAUAAUUUUAUACCUGAUUCCUGAACCUCAGAACCUGAUACGGUGAGGUGAGCAGUUGAGACUUGAGAGAGGCGGAGAGCAGAGAAUCAGAGAGAGGCUGAGGAGGCGGAGGAGCUUCAAGCUUGCUGUCUUGCUUGAGCCUUGAGCUGUUGUCUGUUGAGCAGAUGAGAACAGUGGAGACUGGAGACUAGAGAGAAAGGAUAUAAUCUUGUUGAAAUGAAGUAUGAGAGAAAGGCCCACGAUAGUGUUCAUGCUGCAUUAGCCUCUGAUGAUAUUUUAUGUGAAAUUCUCCUUCGACUGCCAGAAAAAUCCGUUUUUAAACUCAUUCUUGUAUCGAAGAAGUGGCUUCAUUUGAUAUGUAGCAAUUCUUUUCGUUCUAGUUACCACUCUCAUUGGCGGGAAAAUGUUCAUCUUUUGGGCUUCUUUGUAUGCAAUUUUCUAUACCUUGGAAGACCUCGAGAUGGCUUCCGUCGUCCCCCAUGGGAGCCUGCACUUCCAUUAUUGUCCACUUGUAAAGAAGGUGAUGAUUUAAAGUUUUCUGGGAUCCUCAAACAGCUUGGUUAUUUCAUUGACUCUUCCAAUGGCCUUCUUCUUUGUGGUCGCCACCCAAUGACCUAUCAUGUAUGGAAUCCCAUCACAAAGCAACCAUACCAACUUCCUCAACCACAGCAGUUCUAUCGAAGCUUGUGCAUGGCAUUCGUUAUUGAGGAUUCUCGUGAUGAUGCCAUCUGCUAUAAGGUCAUUCGUGCAAAAUGUGUAUGCAAACCUGUUGAUGUCAACACUGUCUCCAUUGAGACUUUCUCUUCAAAGACCAGCACAUGGAAACAAUCUACUCUCACUUGCUCUUCAAGUUUUGCAUUGUGUCCUCGAACUGUGGCUACUGUGAUCAAAGGUGUUGUUCACUGGUUUGCAGUACAAAGAAAUCUUGCUAUUUAUGAUCCAUAUCUUGGACUGAGGCGUAUAUCCUUGAUUAAACUACCAGCUGGUGAGUUGUCGUAUGAUUAUGAAGAGUCUGUUCUUGGGGAGUCCUCUGAUGGACUUUUGCAGUAUGGUCAAAGCAGUACAUUGGGCAUUGAGAUAUGGGUUCUUGAGAAAGAACAAAGUAGUAACUCAUCCAUAUACAAGAGUACUCAUUCAGGGGAAAGGUGGAUUUUAAGACACAAACUGAAUUUCAGAGCAAUGUGGAAGCAGAAUCCAACUUUCACUGAGCAUUCUAAAGAAUCCCAAAUAUUGUCAUUCCUUCCUCGGAAUUCUGAAUCUGUCUUCAUUAGAUCAGGAUCAAAUAUAUUUCUCUAUGACUUUGAGAGCAAAAGGCUGGAAGUGGUUCAUUAUCAAGGCCGUGGCUCUUCAAUUUCGUGGGAAUCCAGUAAAAUAGUACCGUACUUCAGGCCAACUUGGCCUUGUUCUCCUUAUGUCAAUGAUUUAACAGUAUGACAUGAUUACCUACUAUUUUCAUGGAGAAGUUUCUUAUUGUGGCUCAAGAAAUCCUUACCAGUGACCUUUGUUUGGUUUAGUUGAUUUCAUUUAAGAGUUCAGAGCUUUCCCCUUUGCUGCUA